UUCCUACUCGUCACGAAGAGGUCACCAUCUUGAAUUUCAAAGAGAGAAAGGGGUAACGCGAACCCACAACGCCCUACGACGCCGUCUCAUCAUCUCUGACUCAAUGGCUCUGGUGAGGGCAGCGACCGUUCUCUUCCUCCUCCUACUUCUGCAUCCGAUCUCGGCUCUUCACGGUCCAAAGGGCGACAGCAAGAAUCGUAUCGUUAAGUACCGUGGGGCGGUCGCAACGGACGAUGGACGGUGUUCUGAGAUAGGGAUGAGAGUCCUCCGGUCCGGAGGGAACGCUAUUGACGCGUCCGUGGCUUCUGCUCUCUGCUUGGGGGUGGUUAGCCCAGCGUCCAGUGGCAUAGGCGGUGGUGCUUUUAUGGUAGUAAGGCUUGCUAAUGGUAAGGCUCUUGCCUAUGAUUCCAGAGAAACCGCUCCUCUCCUGGCCUCCGAGAAUAUGUACGCAGGUAACGAUACAUCGAAGACGAAAGGUGCCUUAUCAGUGGCUGUCCCUGGAGAAGUUGCAGGCCUAUUUGAAGCUUGGAAACGACACGGGAAGCUCCCGUGGAAACGAUUGGUGAGGCCAGCCGAGCAACUCGCUGGUCGAGGAUUCAGGAUUUCUCGGUACCUCUAUAUGCAGAUGGAUGCAACUAAAUCAGAUAUCUUGGCUGACAAGGGACUCUCCGAGAUAUUCGCAUCGAAUGGGGAUUUAAAGAAAGCCGGGGAGAUAGUCCGUAACCCGAGACUGGCUUUGACACUUCGACAAAUAGGUAACUAUGGUCCGAAGGCAUUUUAUAACGGGACGGUAGGGCUUAACCUGGUGAGGGAUAUUCGUAAGGCCGGCGGGAUAAUAACGAUGAAAGAUCUGAGGAGUUAUAGAGUUCAAGUGAAAGAACCGUUGUCUGGAGACAUUCUUGGUUACAAAUUGCUCACAAUGCCUCCACCGUCUUCUGGCGGUGCUGCAAUGAUGCUUAUUCUGAAUAUCCUCGCUCAAUAUGGGGUCCCGUCAGGUGUUUCGGGAUCUCUCGGGGUUCACCGAUUAGUAGAAGCUCUGAAACACGCGUUUGCGGUCAGAAUGAACCUCGGGGAUCCAGAUUUCGUCGAUGUUACAAAGGUUGUCUCGGAUAUGAUGUCACCGAAAUUUGCCCAGGAGUUGAAGAAAACCAUCAACGACAACAGAACCUUCGAUCCGAGUCACUAUGGCGGCAGGUGGAAUCAGAUCAACGAUCAUGGGACGAGCCAUCUAUCCAUAAUAGAUCAAGAGAGGAACGCGGUUUCGAUGACGAGUACUAUAAACAGAUACUUUGGUGCGGUUGUUCUUUCUCCGAGCACGGGAAUCGUCCUGAACGACGAAAUGGACGAUUUCUCCGUCCCGAGCAAAGUGAACAGCAAAGACGUGCCACCGCCCGCGCCUGCUAACUUCAUCCGGCCCGGGAAAAGACCCUUAUCCUCUAUGGCGCCCACCAUUGUUCUCAAGGAUAACAAGGUGAAAGCUGCAGUAGGUGCGAGUGGUGGAGCCAACAUCAUUGCCGGAACGACAGAGGUUUUCAUAAACCAUUUCUUCUUGAAGAUGGAUCCUCUCUCCUCUGUCUUGGCCCCGAGGAUCUACCACCAGCUGAUACCGAAUAACGUGUUCUACGAGAACUGGACGACGGCGUACAACGACCACUUCGAGGUUCCUAAAGACAUAAGAGAUGGGUUGAGGAAGAAGGGACAUGUCCUGCAGGAGAUCCCGGGAGGGACGAUUUCUCAGCUGGUGGUUCAAGAACUCGAUGGUUCCUCGGGAAAUUCACAUGGCGACGUUAGUGAGCUUGUCGCCGUCAGUGAUCCGAGAAAGGGAGGGUUUCCCGCUGGAUAUUGACAUGGUUUUUUUCUAUUCUUUCUUCUUUUGAUUCAGUUUCGGACAGAAGAUCUUGUUCCUGAUGAUCCCUCAAAAAAAAAAUAUUAUGUUUUUUU